AUGAAGUUGGGAGAACAAAACAGAAAACGCACGUUAAAACCCAUACAAGCAAUCCACCAUCGACCUACUCCCAACCCCACGUCCUCGACAAAACAAGCUUUAAGCUUCAACUCGAAGAAAAAGUGCCAAUGUGUGGCGGAACUCCGACAGGUUAACGUGGUGAACGGGCAAUAUGAACCAUACGAUCACACUGGACACAAGUUGACGACUUGCACGAAGGUUGGCACAGGUAAAGGUGAAUCUCACGAAGAGAUGGAAAGCCAAAGACGGCCCAGGAGGGGAACCAGUCUUGGAGUGGACGGACGCGUAAUAGGCCAACACGAGGGCCAAACGUGGUCGAAAGCCGAAGCCGAAGCUGGCGAAACGAAUGAGACGGGUUGGAAAACCGAUGUCGGCAGAGCGACAAACAUGGGCAAAAAUGGGGGAACGCGAGAACUUGACAUGGGCAUGAAGGCCCUGCUGAACCUGGACUGA